UCACUUUCAUUUGCGACAUCUCAUCGUUUCCCGAAGGUCACCGUGCAGUCGCGGGUGCCGUGACAAGUCCGCGGUGCAUGUGUGGCGCGGGCGAGUGCUUGCGGCGGCCACCGCUGACCGACUAGGAAAUGCCCGGCCACGGACUGUCUCAAGUGAAAUGCGAGCCACUUUCGGACGAAGAAGACAGCGACUCACAAUUUGCGCACAGUUAUCUAUCCAGUCAGGCCAGUGGUUUAGAGGAGCUAGCACCCCUGGCACCUGCAGGCCCAGCAGCGACACCUGUGUGUGUGAAACAGGAACGAGCAGAGACCCCACCGACCACUACACUAGAGACGCUCGAGUCAGCACCACACAAUGCUAAGAGCACGUCGUUGCUGGACCGGCACAUGGACUUUCUGAACGUGCACGAGGUACCUGACUCCACGGACUUCAUGCCGCUGCUGGCCAUCAAAGACGAACCUUCAUCUGAAGGUGAACAACACCAUCUAAGUGGUGAGGACACCAGCGACUCGUGUGGCCGCCAAACCUCGCCUGCUCCCCGACACAGCCCCAAGAGUUGGACUCAGCAGGACAUGGAUCGCGCGCUGGAUGCACUUAGAAACCAUCAGAUGAGUCUUACCAAGGCAUCAGCAACAUACGGCAUCCCAUCGACUACGUUAUGGCAGCGUGCCCACCGGCUGGGCAUAGACACGCCGAAGAAAGAGGGAGCAGCCAAGUCCUGGAGCGAGGCAGAUUUAAGAGGGGCACUGCAUGCCUUGAGGGCUGGUGCCAUCUCCGCUAAUAAGGCCAGCAAAGCGUAUGGUAUCCCCAGCAGCACGCUGUACAAGAUAGCUCGGCGCGAGGGUAUCCGCCUGUCGGCCCCGUUCAACGCGGCGCCGACCGCGUGGCGGCGCGCCGACCUGCAGCUGGCGCUGGCGUCCAUCCGCUGCGGCGCCUCGUCCGUGCAGCGCGCCGCCUCGCAGUACGGGAUACCCACUGGAACGUUGUAUGGUCGGUGUAAGCGAGAAGGUAUCGAGUUAUCUCGCUCCAAUCCCACGCCGUGGUCGGAAGACGCCAUGGGCGAAGCUCUCGAAGCAGUCAGAGUGGGCCAGAUGUCGAUCAACCAGGCAGCCAUCCACUUCAACCUGCCGUACUCCUCACUGUACGGGAGGUUCAAGAGGUGCAAGUACCAGAUGCAGGGUGUCCUUCAAGCUCCGCAGCCACUACAGCAGGACCCAGCCAGCACGGAGCACGCCCCGCCACCGGCCGCGCCCCCCGCCCCGCACCACACGCACGGGUACACACACACGCACGAGUACACGCACACACACGAGUACACGCACACACACGACCAGUACGGCCAGUACUACCAACAUUUCAAUAGUAUUGUGACCAGCUGAGGGUAUACCUCUAAUGAUGGAUUUUAAAUAUUUGUAAACAUAAUGCAGGUCAGCCUAGUCCAAAUCCGUAAAUUUUUAACUUUAUGCUUUUGAUAUAAAGUUGAGAUUACAUUGAAAUAAAAUUGAUAGAUUGGAAUAGAUUGACCGGCUGUCUGUAAGCCCGCCAAAUUAACGUAAGACAAGAUGUUCAUUCUUAUCCACCUUUAUACAAUUGAGAAUACUAACUUAAUUCUUGUCAACCAGUCCGCCUUUUGAAAAGCGUGAAUGUAAAAUAUAAGAUAAUGAACGACGUCGGCAUAAUAUUUAAUUCUAGAUGUCGCUAUCUCGAUUUUAAACUGAUUCGUGCUUAUGCUUUGAAUAUCGACAUUUUGCAAAAAAUAUUCAAUAUUCUGAAUAGUAAAGUAACAUAAAUCGUUAAUCGCGUAAUAUUUUAUUUCUUACAGCUCAAUAAUUGCGAUUACAAAAAAGUUGAACCAUAACAACACAUCAAGUUUUAGUACGAGUAGCGACAUCUGUUAGCAUAGGAUAGGAAAGUGCUAGAUUAAAAAUAAAAUAGAGAGAAAACUGCCAUUAACGAUUAAUACGUAAUUAGAAGGUAAAUACUGAUUAAGUACAUCUGUUUAAAAAUAUACAAUUUUACUUUUUACUAAAUAAUUUUAAGCAAUAAUCGUAGGUACGAGUAAUGUUAAUGAUAAGCUACUUGCUGAACUGAAAAAAAAAAAUAGUUUCAACAAUAUUAAAAAAAACAAGAAUGAAGUCCAAAAGGAGUCUUGCUUUUCUAGAUUGAUUACAAAAGAGCAAAGUGCGGUAAUUAAAUUGUUUUCAUACUCCCGGAAUAAGUAUGUACCUAUCUACUUACAGAAGUAGAUACAAAACACUCUUGAUUUGUGCUUUAUAGUUUAGGUAUUAUUGUAAGUCUAAUAAGUACCUAGAUGCAGUAGGUGAUAUUUUUCUCUAUUUGGUCUAACAAGAAGGUACUUUUUGUACUUUUCUGGGGUAUUUUAAAAGUUAUACGUAAUACUGUAAGUGAUGAAUUUCAGCAAUAUUAGGGACGUAGUAUUUACAAUGACUAACGUAUGCUAUUUACUAUUAAUUAUUAGUAAUCAAAUAUCGGGUAGACACUAGACUUGCGUGUAGAGGAGGCAGUAAAGCAAUCUUAGUUUACUUGCAAUUUCUUGAUACAAAGAAUUAAAUGAUAAGAAUGUAUUAUUCUGUCCAAACGAAAAUACGUAAUGUAAUGUGAUAGACUCUAGAUAUGUAAGUCAUAUUGUUCGUUGAUUUGUUUUAUGUUAUUGUAAAAAAAAUAAGUUCCGUUUUUAUUCCUUUAUUGUAAAUCCAUAUGUAUCCGCUAGAUGGCGAUUUAUAGUUUUCCUAUUAGUCAAAAGAUGGCGUUGUUUUCAUUGUGAUAUUGUUUGGCACUGCAGUUUGAUAAAGUGAAUGUUCAAACUAGCAAUAAUUAGUUAUAAAAUACGUUAACCCCACCUUAUAGUACUUAGACCUAUAUAAACUUGAUAGACUGAA